AUGAAGUUAUCGAAUCAGCAACUGCAGAAUCUUGAUUAGAAAAAAAUCCAUUAAACGACACUAGAUGAAUUUUAAGCAGAGCAACAGUACAAGGCUGGCGUAACUCCAAACAAGCUAAGGAUGAUUCCUCCAAUGAAUUUUUAGAAAGUCAAUAACACUACAAGUUAAGACGAAGAUAGUGAUGAUGCUAGAGUGCCAAAUGAGUUUUAAGACUUUUCUGCUGGCAGAAAAGAAAGAUAGAAUGAUGCUCUCUUAAUCAAAAUCAUAGAACCAGAUAAAAGAAAAUAAGCAAAGGGAUUGCAAUGUGCUAAUGAACUGAAAACACACAGUGAAUAAUCUAGAGGAUACAAAGAGAUAGCAAAUCAGAAAUAGUAAUUAAUCCCCUUCCAUACCCUCUAAACAACGAAUGAGUAAGUUGACAAGGAGGUAAAAGACUUAAGAUAGCUUGAUUUCAAGCAAAUUAUGGAGUUGAGUAAUGCAGUUCUCCAAAAAUAGCAGGAAAUAGCAGUGGGAAGUUAAACAACCAAAAAUAAGAAAAAAUUUUCAACUAAGGCUUCUAAUAUUAACUUAACUCUGAAUGAAUAAGGGUAUUCCAAUCUUACAAUUAAGCAAUAAGCUAAGUUAUUCAGAAAUGAGUAAAGGUAGUCUAAGGAGAAUUUUGUAAAAGACUGUAAAAUUCAGGAGAUAAAAAAAACACCAAACCUAAACGCAACACUCUCUUCUUUGUAAAAUCAUGGCAGCUUUUUAAUGUCAUAGAUGAAUAUCAAUGACUACUAAAAUGAUGGAAAUUUUAGUCCCAAGCAGGGAUCGCUAGACUUCUCUAGAAUGAUGAUGUCAGAGUCAACUAGUAAAAUGAGGCUAUCUGAUUCGAAGGAGUACGAGAGACUAUUUAACUAGCAAUCAGAAUAAAAGCGCAGUGCCAAUAUAGAAUCAAGACAAAGAAAUAAUUCUACAGAUCAUUCAAAGUCAAGAAAUUAAGUUUCACAACAAAAUGCUCUGAAAAAGUAAUCUAAAAGCCAUUUCACAGAGCAGGAUCAAAAUCAGAUUCGAAUUCCAGAACUAAGGACCAUGGCACCUCAAAAUAUGGAAAAACUAAACUCAAAUUAGCUAUCUUAAAUAAACCUUAUAUAGUGUAACAACAAAAAUGAUUAGUCACUGAAUCUUUAAUUAUCUGCCAAUAGAAGGGAAGGUUUUAGUGAGGAAUUGGAAAGGAUUGAUGAAGUAACCUCCUCUAACUAGAAGGGAAAUAACGAUAAGCUUAAGAAAAAGAUAGUUGAAUAAUAGCUGAAAAUAUAUAAGUAAAGCAAGAAGUAAUCCUAAGGAAGAAAAUCACCUUUUGGUAAUAUAUCGAAACUUUAGGCACAGAAUAGUUCAACCUAAAUUACUAACUAUUCAAGAUUAUACUAAUAAUAGGCUUAAUGGGUAAAAUAAAGAAAAGAAUACCAGCCCCCAAACUUUGAAGAGCAAGAAUUAGAGCACUGUACCUUCAAACCAGAGAUCUCAAAGUCCCCAAUAAGGAUUAAAAGUAGUGAAAGAGAACAACAAAACUCAGCAGCUAGAAGAAGUUAUUAAGAAUUCGCUAAAGAUUAGGUGCAUUUGGAGAAACUAAAAGAGGAAAAGUUGAGACAAUUGAGAGAGAACUUUAUAAAUGAUCAACUCAUUAAGAUUUAGAACAAGAAACGAUAAAAACAGCUUAAAGGUAACGGGAGUAGAGAAAGGGAUCAAUCUAACUUAUCGAGCAUGGACUUUUUACAAAGAUCCCAAGCAUUUGAAUAGAAAAAGGAAGAGCAUCUUUCAGUGCUUUAAGAGAAAUAUUAUGGUUCUUCAUCUAGAUGGGCAAGCAGAUCUGGGAGUAGAGAGCUUAGUAAAAGUAGGCAUAAUAUAUCUACUGAAGAGGUAGUAUAAAGAUUAUAUAAUCAUAGAAGAAUUCAAAGCACUAAUAAUCAUGAUGCUUAAACCACAGCUAUUGGAGAAAAUAUCGCUUUGAAAUUUCAAGAGGUGAGCUUGAAUCAAAAGAGUCUGCAAUAUGUAAGCCAAAGGUUACAUAAGGAUAUAGAUCAAGCUUUAAAAGAUUGCAAGAUAAAAGAUGAUUAAAUUAGCUAUAAUCAAUUCCUGAAGUUUAUGUUCAGUAUGGGGUAUAAGCCAAGGACUUACGCAAGUGAGGCUGUUUUCGAAAAACAAAGAAAACUAGAAACUAAACUCUGGGAUAGAAUAACCAAUAAUGGAGAUUAUAAAAAAGUUCACAUUUUGACGCUCAAGAUAUUCUUCACUGCAAUAGAAGGAGUAUUUUUUCCCUGGAUGAUUGAGUCAUCUCCUCCUAAGGAUGAAGAUUAAAAGCAAAAGCAAGACAUUGUAGUAUUUCUAUAGGAUUAAGAAGAAGCUGCAUUGAUUUCUAAAAAGUACUUUGUGUUACUCUAAAAUAGGCGCAGGCAUUUAGAUGAGGAAUCAUCUAAAUAAAGAUCAAAAUCUCGAGAUAACAGGCUGAACUAAUCCUACUAGAAUCUGUCCUCGAACUACUUCGACAAGGGGCAAUCUAGUCGAGGGAAUUUAAAUAUUACAAUAUCCAUGAAAUAGCAGAAAGAGCAUGCUGAUAGCUUGAUUUAAAGAGGUAGAUAUCAAUAGGAAAAAUUAGAGUAUCUUCAGCAACUAAAAUAGUAAUAGGAACUUGAUGAUUGCACAUUUAAGCCAUUCACAAAUAGAAGAAAUAAUUUUACCAUUGAUAAUUAAUUGACUAUAGAUGACAAGUUUAGUCAAUUGCAUUUAAAGGAUCAUACAAGAUCAAGGUCUAAAGAACUAAAGCCUGCUGAUGAGAUAGAAUACGAAAGAGCUCAAACAGAAUGCUCAUUUGCACCUCAAUAAUAUAGCAGCUCGAAGAAAUUAAAUUCUAAAUAGCCAUCAAUAAGCGGGCCUCUUAAUUUUAUCAAUUAAACUUCUGGUCAAAGAAACCUCGAACAAUAAUUGGUGAAAGAAAAUAGUGAAAAUAAAAAAAUUGUAGAUUCAUAGAAGUAAAAAUAUACUCUAUUCUCGCCAUAGAGGUCUGAAAACAAGCAUAAGCCAGUCCUCUCUCCCAAAAUUCUUUAUAAAACUGACAAUAAUCCUAAUAAUUUAUACUAUCCUUAGACAAAGGUAAAGGCCUAAACAAAUAAAAACACAAAGCCAAUGGUUACAGAUUCCCUCAAUGCUACUUUAAAUAAAUCUAGAGAGAAUCUGAUAAGAUCUAAAUAAAACACUCAAAAGUCACCAUCAUCCUCACACUCCUCACUAUUAUAAAGCCAGAAUAAGUUCAAGCCAGUGCUUCAAAGCUCAGUAAUCAAAGACAGAUCAGAUAUGCUAAAUAAGGAUAUUUCACCUCAUCUAACUAAAAACGAUAGCAAUUUGAGAUCAAAUAAUUUCUCACCCAAGUAAAGAGUAGAAAGCCCUCCUCAUAGAGACACUUUAAAUUCCUCAAUUGACAGAUAAAUUACUUCUGUCUCACCCAAUAGCUAAGGUUAAUCUGAAACUCAGAAUAAAGUAAGCACCUAGUAGCAAUAGUAGAACCAGCAAUUAGCUUACAUUCCUCCUCCUAUCCCACUUCUAUAUCUUGAUGUAAACUUGGGAGACGAUAAGAUGCAAAGAAUCAUUAUUAAUGAGGGCGAUAACAUUCAGUUUAUAGUGGAUGAAUUUUGUUCACGAUACAACCUGAAUAGAAAGAAGAAGGCAAAGCUUGAAAGAGCCAUUGAUUAGCAAUUGGCUGGUCAUCUUCACAGUAUUCAAGAAGAGGACUGUUGA